GAGGAACCCACACUCUCACUCCCUCACUCAUUAGCAGAGGCUCACUGAGCUUUGACCGAUGGCGUCGAGCGGUGCAAUGGUGUUGGCCAUGAUGGGCCUCCUCGCCGCGCUGGUCUGCCCUGCUGCUGCGGCGGCGACGGAGUUCAUUUCCAUGCCCACCGACAACGUCGGCGACCACUCCUACGGCGUCCACGCCACGGUCUGCCCCAACCUGGAGAACAUUGUGCGUGACAAGGUGGCGGAUGCGCGCAGAAACGACAUCAGCGUCGUCGCCGGCCUCCUCCGCAUCUUCUUCCACGACUGCUUCCCUAACGGCUGCGACGCAUCGCUCCUGCUGGAGCCAAGUCACCUCUACUCCAGCGAGCGGGACCUUCCCCAAAACAAAGGGCUGCACGAGGGCGCGCUCCAACUCAUCCAGCGUAUCCGCGAUGCCGUGCGCGAAGCCAAGUGCACGGACGUGUCGUGCGCCGACAUCACCAUGCUCGCCACCCGGGACGCCCUCAUGAUGUCCGGGGCACCAAGGUACGACGUGCACCUUGGCCGCAAGGACAGCAAGCGCCCCGCCUCGUUUGCCGAGGUCAGACGCUUCCUGCCCGCACGCGAUGCCAAGAUCCGGGAUCUCAUCCAGGUCUUCGACAGCCGCGGCUUCAACAAGGGUGACCUAGUCGCGCUCUCCGGCGCACACACCAUCGGCAAGGCAACCUGCCCGAGCCUAGAAUUCCGCACCGGGGAGCCUGCCUGGUUCGUCAAGGCAAUCAAAGAGAAUUGCCCCAGAUCAGGGGACAAGAAGCACAUACUCGAUGUUACCACCCCCGACGUGUUCGACAACAAGUACUACGGCAAUCUCCUCGUAGGGUUGGGUGUGCUUGGCACCGACAUGGAGCUCCUCCAACACCAGGAAACAAGAUUUUUUGUAGAAAACUGGGCUAAGGACGAGCAUCUGGGGUGGUUCCAUGGGCACUUCGCCGCCGCCAUGAAGAAGAUGGCAGAUUUGCCCGUGGACCCAAACGGCGAGUACCGCGACAACUGCUUCAGGCCCAAGUUGGUGAGGAACCUCACCGCAGACGGUUUCGUGGCCUCGGCUUGAGAGAUCAUCAGAUGCAUCACACCAUCGACCGCAUAAAUUAAUGUGCAUCCGUCGACCGCACGUCAUGCCAUAUGUGCAUGUAAUAAGAGCAGUACGCCUAGCUUAUCUUUUGUUUGAUUGCAGUUAGCUUUUGUAUGCCCACCUAGUCUAGAGCCACUCGGCCUGUGGGGCCUUGUAUCGUCUCAGCUCAACAACUAUUCCAGGCAGCUUUCUGUUGUUGGGAGCUGCUCUCAAGUUUUAUCUUACAAUUGUUUUCCAUCCUUUAGGUUUUACGCCUGUUUCUGUCAUGAAAAUUAAUGGAGAUGUAAGAUUGUGUUUUUUAGCUCA